AUGAAGAUUAAGAAAGUGGAUCAUAAGACCAUAUCUCCCACUUCGAGUGACCACGAGAGCUCGCAGUCAUACACACUUUCGGAGGUUCCUAUGCAGGGUGGAUUUUCCAUCCCUUCUCCUACAUCUACGUUUUCUACCCCCAUCACCAUAGCACCUUGCCCACCAGUAUCCUUGAGUGUUUCGCAAAGCCAAACCCCAUUCUUCACCGAUUCAACCGCAACUACAAUCACUACCACUGACGAACCUCCAGUCAAUGUCAACACAUCUGAUGCGGGGGCAAGGGCUUCAGGAUUCUCAGUAGGUCAUUCCACACCACCCGUUUCUACACUAAGGCGGGAUGAUCCGGAGACUAUUUUUGGAGGUGAUGUAAAUUUUGAAGACUUCACAUUCAGUCCUUUUCAUGUUGUUGAGGAAAGUGAUGAAGACGCUACUGUCACUCAAAAACAAUUCAAAGCCAUCAAUGAUAAACUGGAUUCGUUAAUCCAAUCCUCUAAUUCUUCAUCCAACAAUGCAUAUUCCCAGGAAGUAGUCAAGGCAUUAAAUGAAACAACUUUAAAAGAGCACGCUGCGAACCUAGAGAAUGCAAAUAAAGCCAUGGAGGAUUCAGCUAAAACCUGCAAGGAAGCGACCGAUAAAGUCAAUAAACUAAUUUCAUGA